UGAAAAUUCUCUCCUGUGUAUCAUAAUAAUGUGUAACACCAAAGUACAGCUAGCAAUUGAAAUGAGUUUGUCAGAUGGGCAGUGUAUGGUAUCUACUUCAUUAUUUCAUAAUAUAUGAGAAAAACCGAGCCACUGCUGUAAAGCAUGAUUACUAACUCUGAAUUUAGUCCUGUGUUUGAUUACCGAUCAAUUUUUGAAUAUGGUCCGAGUAACAUCAAUAUGAAGUCAUAUAAUCGAAGUCAUUAUAAAUCUGCUUUCUCUUACCAUGCUGUUUCCAUAUCUUCUGACGAAGAAUUUGAUGAAGUUGCAAGAGAGACAUGGCCUUCUAUGUUGCUAAGAUAUAUCAUCACAUUUGUUCUUCAUGUGCUUGUCAUAAUUAUGUUUCCUGUUACCAUGUGGAUUUGUUUAAAAAGAGUUCAUGCAUUAGAGCGUAUUGUGUUGAUGCGGUUAGGUAAAUUACAGCCCAUUCGUGGACCAGGAUUUGCUUUUAUUUUGCCUUGUAUUGACCAAUGGACAAGAGUUGAUUUGAGGCCACAAAUAUUUACAUUUUCAACACCCCAGCUAUUAACAGCUGAUGGUGGUAUAAUUGAAGCAAAAACUGAUAUUGAAUAUCGUGUGUCUGAUGUAAUCAGUUAUGUUUUGAAACUGCACAAACAAGAAAGCACUCUAAAGGAUCUUGGAUUAUUCUGUUUAAAAAAUAUCAUUUCAGAAAAAGACCAGGAAGAUUUAGAAAGCAGCCGAGAACUCGUCAACUGCAACAUAAAAGAUGAAUUAAAUCGUUCUGUCAUUAAUUGGGGUUUAGAAGUAAUAAAUGUUUACUUGCAUUCAGUGAAGAUUUUGAAAACAGCUGAUCCUGUUGAUGCGAUAGGAACAAUAAUGACUGCUCUAAAGGCUGCCACUGGGCAGUCAACCCAGCAUGCUGCUGCAGUUUUCCCAUUUGGGCCAAAUGUUACAGAUAAUAAAAUGAAUGCUGAAAAUGAAAUGAAAGCAGUGCCAUCAGGUAGUGUAAGUCAGCAUCAGGAUCAUGUGGCUACUAUAAAAAAACUAGCAGAUAUAGCUUUGAACAAAGGAUUGUUGAAGGAUUUAAAAGCAACUUUUAGACUUGACAUUGUUGGCCAGACAACUAGUACCGUAUUUUGCAAAUUUGAAAAUGGUGCUGUUUCUGUAUUUGAAGAUAAAAAAUUACUGGACUGUGAUGUUACCCUUAUGUUAACUGAAGAUAAUUUACAAGAUUUUUUAAAUGGUGAAAUAUCUCCAUUGCAAGCAUUUAUGGAUGGCAAAGUUAUGGUAACCGGGGAUUGGAGUUUAUUAAGAUCACUUGCUAAGCUUUUUGACUGAAACAUAUUUUUUUACUUAAAAUACUUAAAAUUAACAUAUAUUUAAAAUUAACAGUUGCACAUUAUUUUAAAAUUCUCUCUCAUCUGUGUAUUUCAUGUUUGUAAAAUCUGUAUCUAGUUGUUUUACUUAUCUAGUCUAAUAUUUUGUUCAUUUUUUUAUAUCACACAUUUGGUGUAAUACAUAUACUUCUGUAUUCAAACAGUUCAUAGAAAAUGUUCGCAGGACAGCUCUAUUUGAAUUGAAAAAAUUUUAUCCAGUUACCUUCAAAAUAACAUCCCUUAAUGCAUGCAUUUGUUCUAAUGUUCCUGGUAUGCCUGCAUUGAGAGAAUGCAUCUUUUGGUAUCUUUUACAGACUGGCUGUCUCAUUGUUUUGAAUAGUUUGAAUUUUUUUAGUCUUGUAGAAACCAUGCCAAUGAAAGAAAAUCAUAAAGUUAGUUGUUGACUGGUAAAUAACGUGAGUGUGACAUGACAAUAAACUAUUUCUAAUCAAAAGAAACUGUGACUUCUCAUUCAAUGCCCUUUGCACAAAAUGCAGUAUUUCACAUAAGGAUUGAAAGUACUUUAAAUUGUUUUCACUAUUUUAUGAUUGUGGAUGAAUAUAUUUCAUACUUUCUUCUACAGAGAGUAUGCUAAAGGUCUCUUACAACUAAAUUCAAACAUUGCAUAACAUGUAAACAUGAUUGUUAACAUGUUAACAUGUGUAAACAUGACUUUUCUAUGAACUUUUUGAACAGAAGAAUAUUUUAUUAAUGCCUCCAAACCUAUUAUGAGUACUUUUCAUAUGGUGUUAAUAUGUAUAUCUGUUUGUCAUAAUGUAAUAAUAUAUAUGUGUUUGUUAUAAUGUAAUAAUGUGUAUGUGUUUGUUGAAAAAUGAAAUAGCAAAAUGGAGGCAAAAUUGUCUUAAAAUCUUCAUUUUAGUGAUUUAAGCUGUCAUUCUCUCCCUCUAUUUCCCGAAAAAUUAUCAAUAAUGAUAAUAAUAAAAAUAAAUCCUUAGUCAAGUUAAAAUUUCUUACAGUAUCUAAUAAAUAGCUUAAAUUCUGUAAAAAAAAAAAAAAAAAAA